UGUUAGAAAUGGGAUCUUUAAUCAAAGCGAGCUUGCUCUUGUUUGUCUCCCUUUUACUUUUGGCAACUAGUGCAUAUUCGGAUGGUAAUGAUAGAUUGGUUAGAGUUGGACUUAAGAAGAGGAAAAUCAACCGACUUGGUAGAUAUGGUGGCUCUAUUUUUGGGAGGUCUAGAAGCUAUUAUGGCAUUCGUGAUAAUAAAGGGGAUUCAACUAGUGACACUAUUCCGUUAGAAAACUACAUGGAUGCUCAGUAUUAUGGUGUGAUUGGUAUCGGUACUCCACCUCAAAAGUUCACUGUGAUUUUCGACACUGGAAGUUCCAAUCUGUGGGUGCCUUCUUCAAAGUGCCUUUUCUCGGCAGCUUGCAUCUUCCACUCAAAGUAUAAGUCUAGUCAAUCAAGAUCCUACAAGAAAAACGGGAAAUCUGCUGCAAUUCAUUAUGGAAGUGGCUCCAUCACUGGUUUCUUUAGUCAAGAUUCUGUCCAACUUGGUAGUCUUGUUGUUAAAGACCAGGAUUUUAUAGAGGCAACCAAAGAGCCUGGCCUCACAUUUUUGGCAGCCAAAUUUGAUGGUAUACUUGGCCUUGGGUUUCGAGAGAUAUCUGUUGGGGAUGCGGUUCCUGUUUGGUACAACAUGGUUGUACAAAAUCUUGUACAAGAACCUGUAUUUUCAUUUUGGCUUAAUCGUCAUGUUGAUGAGGGUGAAGGAGGGGAGCUUGUGUUUGGUGGGGUUGAUACUCAUCAUUUCAAGGGUGAGCAUACAUACGUCCCAGUGAGCCGAAAAGGCUAUUGGCAGUUCGAAAUGGGUGAUGUCCUGAUUGGUGAUAACUCAACUGGAUUUUGCAUCAGUGGUUGUUCUGCAAUUGCUGAUUCUGGAACCUCUUUGUUGGCUGGCCCAACGGUUGUUAUCACUGAAAUUAAUCAAGCAAUUGGUGCUUCUGGUUUUAUGAGCGAACAAUGCAAGACCUUUGUUGACGAGUAUGGGAGAACUAUCAUUGAUAUGUUAUUAACUGAGACACAACCAGAAAGAAUCUGUUCUCAGAUGAUGUUAUGCCCCUCUAUGAAUAAUGGUUCAGCUGAUAGCAACUUGAUAAUUGAGAAUGUGGUUGACGAGAAUAAUGGAAGAUCAUCUGGUGUAGAUGAUGAUGAGAUGUGCAAUUUCUGUCAGAUGGCUGUUGUUUGGAUGGAAAAUCAGAUCAGGCGAAAUGUUACUGAAGAACAAAUAAUUAACUAUGUCGAUAAGCUGUGUGAUCGAUUACCAAGUCCAAUGGGAGCAAAUGGAGUUGACUGUAAUACUCUUUCCUCCUUGCCAAACAUUGCAUUUACAAUUGGUGGUAAAAUUUUCGACUUCUCCCCUGCAGAGUAUAUUCUGAAAGUUGGUGAGGGAGCAGCGGCGAAAUGCAUCAGUGGAUUUACUGCAUUUGAUAUGGCACCUCCUCGUGGACCUCUAUGGAUCCUGGGAGAUAUAUUUAUGGGUAAAUACCAUACGGUGUUUGACUAUGGUAACUUACAAGUUGGGUUUGCAGAAGCAGCUUGAGACCUUUCUCUAUCAGCAUGAACCUACUUGUUUUCUGUAAAUGUUACAAUAAAUAUAUCAAAGAUAUACAAUGUGUCUUAGCUCAUGAUC